GGUUACCUGAAGAAAUUCUACAAUUUCACUGGGGCCCGUUCCCAAGGGAGGACUAACAAAAUGAGUCUGAAAAUAGCUGAGAUGCAGAUGUUUUUUGGACUCAAAGUGACAGGAUCUCUGGACCAAGACACAAUGAAGGUGAUGAAGGAGCCUCGCUGUGGAUUUUCAGAUGUUGCUCGCUUCUCCACAUUUGGUCCUAAAUGGCAGAAGACACAGCUAACUUACAGGAUUGUGAACUACACUCCUGACAUGCCUCAGGCUGAAGUGGACAAUUCCAUUGCUAGAGCUUUCCAAGUCUGGGCUGCCGUCACUCCUCUCAGGUUCACCCCCAUCAAGAGUGGUGAAGCCGAUAUCAUGAUUUCCUUCACUAGAAGAUCUCAUGGCGAUAAUCAACCCUUUGAUGGACCGGGUGGCACUCUGGCUCAUGCUUUUUCUCCUAGUGUUGGCAUCGGUGGAGAUGCACAUUUUGAUGAUGAUGAGCGCUUCACUUUAGCUUCACCCCAAGGAAUCGUUCUGUUCUUGGUGGCUGCUCAUGAAUUUGGACACUCUCUGGGCCUCUCUCAUUCCAAUGUCCGCGGUGCCCUGAUGUAUCCUACCUACUCAUUUGUUGAUCCAAGUAAAUUUGUUCUGUCAAGUGAUGAUGUCAGCGGAAUUCAGUCUCUCUAUGGUAUGUACAUGGUUUUUUUGAAGUCUCUGGCCCAAACCAAAGAGCCUGACGCCUCCAGCCGCCAUAAAGCCUUCACUGAAACACAUGGCUUCGACACUCACCCCAUCAUGAUGAAGUGUUUCGAGAGGCUGGUAAAGGACCACAUUACCUCCAAACUCUCUUCCACAUUUGACCCAUACCAGAUUGCUUACCGCCCUAAUCGCUCCAGAGGAUACCAUCUCCUCUGCACUUCACCUGAGCUUAGAACACCUGGAAGGGUGCGCAUGCUGUUUCUGGACUUCAGCUCAGCGUUUAACACAAUCAUCCCACAACAUCUGAUAAGCAAACUGGCCCCCCUUGGCUUCAGCACCCACCUGUGUAACUGGCAGCUGGACUUUCUAACAAAUAGACCUCAGUCUGUGCGGGAGGGCAACAACGUCUCCAGUGUCAUUUCUCUGAGCACCGGCUCCCCUCAGGGCUGCGUCCUGAGCCCACUGCUGUUCACCCUGAAGACCCACGACUGCAGCGCCAGGUCCACCACCAACCACAUUGUGAAGUUUGCAGACGACAUAACUGUAGUGGGCCUAAUCCAGGAUGACAGUGACCUGCACUACAGAGAGGAGGUGAACCAUCUGGUUGACUGGUGGGACAACAUGAAGACUUGCGACAAAUUCUGCCUUCUCAUUGGCCUGGCGAUCGCCAUCCGUUCAAUGCCAAUACCCUCACGUUCUAAUGAAGAUGAAUCUGUUGACAUUAAACCUGAAGAUGAAGCUUUCGCACUGGCAUAUCUGGAGAAAUACUACAAACCUUUACAGCCAGCUGCAUCUCCAUCCAGAAAAAGAAGGUCUGAUGACAUGAGCCAACAAUUAGCCCAGAUGCAAAGGUUUUUAGGACUCGAAGUGACGCACAAAGUGGACAGAAAGACACUGGGCGUGAUGAACAUGUCUCGCUGUGGCUUUCCAGAUGUUACUCCGUUCUCCACGUAUGGUCAUGGAGUCAAAUGGCCAAGGAACCAGCUGACAUACAGGAUUGUGAGCUACACUCCUUACAUGUAUAAGAAUGAAGUGGACGAUGUUUUGAGGAGAGCAGCGCAAGUCUGGGCUGGCGUCACUCCACUCAAGUUCACCCACGUCCACAGUGAUAAAGCUGAUAUCACAAUCUCCUUCGUUAGUAGAUCCCAUGGCGACUACUUCCCGUUUGAUGGACCAAAUGGCACUCUGGCUCAUGCUUUCCCUCCUUAUCCUGAAAGUGGUGACAUUGGUGGGGACAUACAUUUUGAUAACGAUGAAUAUUUCACCCUCUAUUCACAAAAAGGAUUUAUUCUGUUCGUGGUGGCUGUUCAUGAAUUUGGGCACUCAUUGGGACUGUUUCACUCCAGCGAUCCUAAAGCUGUGAUGUAUCCCAUCUACCAGUAUUGGGAUCCUGAUCACUUUUCUUUGUCUGCUGAUGAUGUUAAAGGAAUACAGAAGCUCUAUGGGCCAAAGACCGACAAUCCAUAUUUACCUGUCCCAGUUACCAAAGAGCCUCCAUUUGUACCUGUCCCAGUUACCAAAGAGCCUCCAUUUGUGCCUGUCCCAGUUACCAAAGAGCCUCCAUUUGUGCCUGUCCCAGUUACCAAGGAGCCUCCAUUUGUGCCUGUCCCAGUUACCAAUGAGCCUCCAUUUGUGCCUGUCCCAGUUACCAAAGAGCCUCCAUUUGUGCCUGACCCAGUUACCAAAGAGCCUCCAUUUGUGCCUGUCCCAGUUACCAAGGAGCCUCCAUUUGUGUCUGUCCCAGUUACCAAAGAGCCUCCAUUUGUGCCUGUCCCAGUUACCAAGGAGCCUCCAUUUGUGCCUCGCCCAACUGCUGAACAUUCACAUUUGCCAGAUACUGAAGAUAACGCCGUCAAGCCCUUAUUUCCAAAUGCCUGUGACCAUAAGCUGGUUAUAGAUGCAGUUACCACCCUAAGAGGAGAAAAGCUGUUUUUUAAAGACAGUUUCUUGUGGCGUAGUUACAUCGACAAUGAAAAAGAUGGGCCUUACUAUAUCCGCAGUUUCUGGCCUGACAUCCCCAAUAACAUUGAUGCUGCUUAUGAGAAUAAGCAUCAGGACAAAGUGUAUAUUUUUAAAGGUACACAAGUUUGGGAAAUCUCCCACUAUAAAAAUGUGAAGCGCUUUUCCAAGAGCCUAAGCAGCCGCUUCGGACUGCCGGAUUCUGUGAAGAAAGUCAACGCUGCCCUCUAUGACGAGAGAACAGGCAAGACUUUGUUAUUCGUGGGCAGCAAGUUGUACAGCUACAACGAAAAGAGGAAAACAUUGGACUGGAGUCAGCCCACAUUAGUGGAGGAGUUGUUUCCAGAGAUUACUGGCGAAGUUACAGCAGCCUUUCAGCAUAAAGGUCUCACCUACCUGUUCAGUGGGCCAUACAUUUAUGAGUACUCUAACAACAAGAGGAUAUCUGCUGUGUUGAAGAGCAAUCACUUUUUUAACUGUAAAUAGGAAAAUACUAGAAUUUCUUCUGUUUUUUGUUCUGAAAUUUUAUAAAUGUUAUGAAUUUUGUUUAUAGCUAUAUUUAAGUUUAUGAAGUUGCUCAGGGCAUUUUGUUGAAAUGUGAACUUAUAGCUAUAUUUUUGUUUUACUUUUAUUAAUUGACUUUUAUUAAUUUUAUUAGUUUUUCUUGUCUGUAUAUGCAGUAUCAUGUCUAAACUGUAAAUAUAUACUUGAAAAGCUGCUGAAUCAUUUAAAAAUGAACUGUAACACUGAAAAAAAGUCUGUCAAAUCUUUUUUUUUUUUUUUUUUCACUGUUUUGUGCAAUAUUUUUGGAACGUUGGGCGAUGAUGAUGAGGCGGACGCAUGUGCUAAGAUAAGCAAGACUUAUUAAGGGCAAAUCCAGAGUCAGGGUCAAAACA